CAUUAUGCGUUUUGAACAGCCCGCGACUGCGCGGUCGCUGAUGCUUCCUGACUCGACUCGAGAACGCCAGGGGGCGCCGCUUCCUGUAGCCGGACUCGUCUUCUCUGCGCACGCGCGCCUAACUCUUUGCGGAGACGCCCCGGGACUCUUCCGUUUUCGCUUGGCUCCCGCGGUUCGUAGCUGUCGACGCAGUGCUGAACUCACAGCCGCAGAACAAAGAGACUCGUCCAGAGCCGGAGUCAUGGCGGCGACCGAUCCGGGCUUGGCAACCGUUGGGAGUACCGCCAUGGCGCGGGAGGGAGCUGGCGGGUUCCCUCAGCAUAACCCUGCGGGUUCCUCGUCGACUCCUGAGGCGCCAACGACUGCCGCCAAACCGUCCAGCCCCAAUGCCUCUAUCCCCGAAACCAUUCCUCCAGGUUCCGCGGCGGCCUCCGCGGCCCAGGAGCUGCCCCUCGACCCUCCACCAUUGGCGUCCGCGCCGCUUGCUGAAGCCGCUCCCCGCACCCCUUUAGGUCCUGGCGGCUCCCGGCCUGGCCCGGAGACUUUCCGCCAGCGUUUCCGACAGUUCCGCUACCAGGAUGCGGCGGGCCCGCGAGAGGCGUUCCGGCAGCUGCGUGAGCUCUCUCGCCAGUGGCUGCGACCCGACAUCCGCACGAAGGAGCAGAUCGUGGAGAUGCUGGUGCAAGAACAGCUCCUCGCCAUCAUGCCCGAGGCGUUGCGGGCCCGCCGUCUGCGCCGCCGCACCGAUGUUCGUAUCACCGGCUGAGCUGCGGGAGGCCUGGUCCUGGUGCUCUGGACUGGAAGGAACCAUGAUCCGGCCCGGGGGCCUGAGCUUGGCUCCUCAAUCCGCGUCAAUGAAAAACGAGCUUUUUGGCAGUUUGUGUAGUCUGUUGUGGCCCUUUUGUUCUUUAGUGGGUUUUUAUUUUCCCGAGCGUAUUUCCAGUCUUCUUUCUGGCUUCUGUUGAAACCCAAGUUGGGAGCCCAUGGGAAUAAAGCCUUUGUUUCCUAUUCA